ACAUUUAAAAAGUUGAAGGAAAAGUUUUUGGAGUAUCUUCUAAGGGAGCGAGGGAAGGAGACAGAGGAAAGACCCAACUAUCAGGAUGUCAGCAGCUCACUUCAACAGGGGCCCGGCUUAUGGACUCAGCGCCGAGGUCAAGAGCAAGUUAGCUCAAAAGUACGACGUCCACAGGGAGGCCGAGCUCAGAGAAUGGAUCGAGUCCACCACGGGAAGAGCCAUUGGAAACAAGUUCAUGGACUCCCUGAAAGACGGAAUCAUCCUGUGCGAACUGAUUAACAAGCUCCAGCCCGGCUCCGUUCGGAAGAUCAACGAGUCGACGCAAAACUGGCAUCAGCUGGAAAAUAUCGGGAACUUUAUUAAAGCAAUUACGGACUAUGGAGUCAGGCAACACGAUAUAUUCGAGGCAAACGAUCUGUUUGAAAACUGCAACCUGACGCAAGUUCAGUCCACCCUCCUGGCCCUAGCCAGUGUGGCCAAGACAAAAGGCGCCAAGGUGAACUUCGGUGUGAAAUACGCCGAUCGCCAGGAGAGGAAGUUCCAGCCCGAAAAGCUUAGAGAAGGAAGAAACAUUAUUGGACUGCAGAUGGGCACCAACAAGUUUGCCAGCCAAAAAGGAAUGACGUCUUAUGGGACGCGCAGGCAUCUGUAUGACCCCAAGUUGGGCACCGAUCAGCCACUGGACCAGGCCACCAUCAGCCUGCAGAUGGGCACCAACAAGGGAGCAUCCCAGUCUGGCAUGACAGCCCCAGGUACGAAACGGCAGAUCUUCGAGCAGAAGCUUGGCAUGGAACACUGUGACAUGCAGACCAUCUCCCUACAAAUGGGAUCCAAUAAAGGGGCAUCUCAGCAGGGCAUGACUGUGUAUGGCCUUCCGCGCCAGGUCUACGAUUCCAAGUACUGCCUGGUGCCCAACUACGCCACUGUCGGAGAUGAAGAUGGAAACUACGACCACAGCCAUCAAUAUUACAACUCCGAGUAACACUGCAGCCCCUCCAUCAAUAAACCCUCGACCCUCACUCUGUGCCAGUGUGUGCCGGCAGCUGUGGCACAGAAAGGGGUUUGACGAUGCCCCAUUCUGUGCCAGUCUGUGCUUGCUGCUCUGGCAGAGGGUGGGUUAACGCUGUCCACUGUCGGUGUUUGCCCCGCUGCCCUAUGCCAGUGUGCCCGCCACCCAGGCAAAGAAUGGGCCGACUCUGCCUGUUCUGUGCCAGGGGCCAGCGCUAGAAUGCAAUGCUUCCCAUUCUACAGCUGCAGCCGUGGCAGAGAACAGGUUAACCGUGCCUGUUCUGUGCCAUCGCUUGCCCACUGCUCCGGCAGCGAAGGGUUUUGACGAUCCGUUUUUCCUGACACUAGUUUCCAGAGACUGACUGGGGAAUCGGCUGCCUGCGCAUCACUUCUGCAGAACAUCUCUCCCUUUGAAAGCUCCUCGCAGGAGAGAUGGCCUGCAGACAGUCUGAGGCUAAAUUAACCUUCAUAAGGAUGCCUGCAGAUCACUGCUCUCAUUAACUCACUACUAGGAUCCCCUAGAGAACGAUCUCGCUGUGACUGCGCAUCUACACGAGGCUGCAGAUCAUUGCACCGCCGCACCGGUUGGCAUGCUUGCAUCCACUCCCUGCAGAAUAUCCAGACCCCCCAUGCCCUCCGCAUUUAGGAAGAGGGAGUUUUCUGACCAUUGAGAGAUACGUAAACAUUCUUUUUUUUUGGCCGGCAGAUUCCAUUGUAUUCUAGAAAACUCACUUUUAAACAAUUUGAAUGCUAGAGGGGAGAAUAAAGGGUGUUUUCUGACUACAGUGGAUCAUAAUAUCCAAUAACAGGCAUGAAACUGUUAAAAAAAUAUAUAAUAAAUAACGUAAAAGGAAGCAAACCGCCUUCUGCAUGCGCAAAUAACUUAAUGCACCCCUGCCAGGUGAUGGGAGUGAUUAUAAUGCAGCUACGCCUGUUUUUGCCAGGCAUAUAAUAAACACACAUGGCAGGUACAAGAGUUAUGCUUUUUUUUGGGGGGGGGGUGUCUUUAUUGGGUCUAUGUAUUUUCGCCCCUAGCACGUAAAGAGUUAAAAUGACCCUCUUUUUCUACGUUUCACAGUUCAAUAUACUUAAUAAACCUGCAUGACGGUGUUUACAGAUUAAUGUAAUUAUUACGGAUCCGUCAGAGAUCUGCUUGCUGCUGGAGGCGGCCAUUUAAAUCCCCCUCGCCCCGAAUACAGCCCUUUCGUUUGGCGGAAGCUGAUUGGUUCUGACAGCCUAAAGAAGUAGUGCGGACGGAUACCCACAGCUGGGUUGCUGUGUGUAUAUGUAGAUUGGAUAAGAGGGCUGCAGAGCAUUGCUCCAGAUGUGGGAAUACCCGGAACGUGUUUAUUAUGGACCCUGCAGAGCAUUGCUCUGUUCUGCAGCGCUUCAUCAGCGGGGAAAAGAGUCAGAAAGUCGUCAGCAAGCGAUUUUCUGCUGCAGGCGAGCCGGAUAGCGAGGGCUCCGAGGGCUCAAGAAAUGAUGGGAAAGGGUUAAACAUUUUAGAAUAUUAAAGGGUUUUCUACUAAUAAAAAAACAAAA